CUCCGCCCCCUUCCCUCGCCUUCUGCUGACGCCGACGUCGGAUGAGGGAGCUGGAGGGACGCUCGGAUCGCGGCCGGGAGGCUCCUAGGGGCCGGGGCUCCGAGGUUAGAAUAUAACUUACCCUCUCAUGCUUUUUCCCUGUCCCUUCUCCCCAAAUUAUCAACAGUAGAAAAAGAAGAAGAAGGAGACAUGUCAGGACACAAAUGCAGUUAUCCCUGGGACUUACACGAUCGAUAUGCUCAAGAUAAAUCAGUUGUAAAUAAGAUGCAGCAGAAGUAUUGGGAAACGAAGCAGGCCUUUAUUAAAGCCACAGGGAAGAAGGAAGACGAACACGUUGUUGCCUCUGACGCAGACCUGGAUGCCAAGCUGGAGCUGUUUCACUCGAUUCAGAGAACCUGUCUGGACUUGUCUAAAGCAAUUGUACUCUAUCAAAAGAGAAUCUGUUUCUUGUCUCAAGAAGAAAACGAACUGGGAAAAUUUCUCCGAUCCCAAGGCUUCCAAGAUAAAACCAGAGCAGGAAAAAUGAUGCAAGCGACAGGAAAGGCCCUCUGCUUUUCUUCCCAGCAAAGGUUGGCCUUGCGAAAUCCUUUGUGUCGCUUUCACCAAGAAGUGGAGACUUUUCGGCAUCGGGCCAUCUCAGACACUUGGCUGACUGUGAACCGCAUGGAGCAGUGCCGGACUGAAUACAGAGGGGCAUUAUUAUGGAUGAAGGACGUGUCCCAAGAGCUUGAUCCAGACCUCUACAAGCAAAUGGAGAAGUUCAGGAAGGUGCAGACACAAGUUCGCCUUGCCAAAAAAAGCUUUGACAAAUUGAAGAUGGAUGUGUGUCAAAAAGUGGAUCUUCUAGGAGCGAGCAGAUGCAAUCUCUUGUCUCAUAUGCUAGCAACAUACCAGACCACUCUGCUCCAUUUUUGGGAGAAAACUUCUCACACUAUGGCAGCCAUCCAUGAGAGCUUCAAAGGUUAUCAGCCGUAUGAAUUCACUACGUUAAAGAGCUUACAAGACCCUAUGAAAAAGCUGGUUGAGAAAGAAGAAAGGAAGAGGAUUGCCCAGCAGAAAAGUGCAGAGGCCUCAGUGGAGGAACCAAGUCAGUUAAUUUCAUUAGAGGAUGAAAACCAGCACAAGGAAUCCUCUAGUUUUAAGACUGAAGAUGGAAAAAGUGUUUUAUCUGCCUUAGACAAAAGCUCUAUACAUAAUGCAUGCUCAGAUGAACUAUUAGACAUGAAACUCGAGGAAGGUGCUUGCCUGGGCCCAAUGGCAGGGACCCUGGAACCUGAAGGUACUGACAAAGAUGACCUGCUGCUGUUGAGUGAAAUCUUCAGCGCUUCCUCCCUGGAAGAGGGAGAGUUCAGCAAAGAGUGGGCUGCUGUGUUUGGAGACGGUCGGGUGAAGGAGCCAGCACCCACUGCGGCCCCAGGAGAGCCAGACCCCAAGCCCCAGACAGGCUCAGGAUUCCUUCCUUCACAGCUUCUAGAUCAAAAUAUGAAAGACUUACAGGCCUCACUGGAAGAGCCUGCCAAGCCCUCCUCGGACCUGACUGCCUGGUUCAGCCUUUUCGCCGAUCUCGACCCAUUAUCAAAUCCUGAUGCUGUUGGGAAAACCGACAAAGAACAUGAAUUGCUGAAUGCAUGAGUCUGCAGCCUCCAGGAAGGAGCCCAUAGGCGGCUCCAAAUCGGCACACCCGGGGGCUUGCAGAUGUAGGAAGUGAUCAGUAUGCUGUUUUAAUAUUUACGUGCCAUUUUAAUAAAAUGAAAGGGUCAAAGGCCCUGUUUAUAUU